AUGGCCGAAAUUCACAGGCAGGGAAUGUUUUCCGCCAUCUUCUCGCAACAAGUUUGCAGAAUGUCAGGGCUACUCGUUCAGCCUGUAUUACAUGAGGAUGCCUUGAAAUGCGCUCAGUUACGGACUGCCAGCCUUGGAUCCCUCGUUAUCGGACGGCCCCCACCAUAUCCAGGCUACCUCGAGGAUCAGGUGGAGACCAUACAGAACGACCUGGUCAAGAAGCCUCACGUUCAUCACCUGAAAGUUGUCGAUGCAGACGAGAUUAUCGCAUACGCCAAAUGGGAAAUUUAUCCCAAUGGACGUCCAGACUUGGGAAAGCUGAAGCAACCAAUGGACGAGGAAUCCAAGACUGUUGAUCAGUACGGACGACUGCGAGAAGCUGCACACGAAUACUUCUGUCGGCGCAACGGUGGUCCCAUGGGAAGCCGUCCUCACAUACCCUUGCUCGUAACAUCGGAAGAGCACAGGCGUAGAGGUGCGGGUAGUUUACUCCUUCAAUGGGGUAUUGAAAGGUCGGAGCAAUCCAAAAUACCGUGCUAUCUGCAGGCUUCUGCGCAAGGCAGACGACUUUACGGAAAGUAUGGCUUCCAGGCUAUCGAAACAGUCGAGUUCGAUUUGUUCGAAUAUGGAUUGGAAGGCACGGAAGAGAUGACGGAAAUGAUCCGACAGCCGUCAGACAUCUAA